AUGGCAACCACCCGCCUCCUCCGCCCCUCCACAGCCUGCCUCCGCGCCCUCCACAAACAACAACCUCGAUGCCUCCCACACAACCUCCAGCAGUACCGACACAAUACCACAAGCACCCCCUCAACCCCCCAAACCUCCCCCUUCGCCCCGCGCCACCUCCUCAGCAUCGCCGACCUCACCCCCUCCGAACUCACCGCCCUCAUCACCUCCUCGCGCAAACACAAAACCCUCUCCAAAUCCGGCGCUCCCUCGCCCCUCGCCUCCUCCCUCCUCGGCCAGACGAUCGCAGUCAUGUUCGCCAAACGCUCUACACGGACGCGGGUGUCCACCGAAGCCGCUGUAGCGAGCAUGGGUGGACAUCCGAUGUUCCUUGGUGCGGGGGAUAUACAGCUAGGCGUGAACGAGUCGCUGUACGAUACCUCCGUGGUGAUCUCCUCAAUGGUAUCCGCGAUCGUGGCGCGCGUGAAUGGACACGAGGACGUCGCGCAGCUGGCGAAGCAUAGCAGUGUGCCGGUAAUUAAUGCGCUGAGCGAUGCGUUUCACCCGCUGCAGACGAUUGCGGAUUUCCUUACGAUUCACGAGGCGUUUCCGAAAGAAGGCGCGGGGGAAGGCGGAGGGCUGGGGUUGGAAGGGUUGAAGAUUGCCUGGGUGGGAGAUGCGAAUAAUGUGCUGUAUGAUCUUGCCAUUGGCGCGGCGAAGCUGGGCGUGACGUUGAGUGUGGCUACGCCGAGGGGGUAUGGGAUUCCGGGUCAUAUGCGGGAGGUUAUUACGUCCGCUUCGCCGACUUCAUCAUCAGCGUUCUUGACGGAGACAAAUGUACCCGAGGAAGCGCUGAAGAACGCCGAUAUCGUAGUGACGGACACCUGGAUCUCGAUGGGCCAGGAGGCGGAGAAGGCGGAGAAGAUGAAGGCGUUUGCGGGGUUUCAGAUUACGAAAGAGUUGGUGGAGAGGGGCGGGGCGAGGGAGGGGUGGAAGUUCAUGCAUUGCUUGCCCCGACAUCCGGAGGAGGUGAGCGAUGAGGUGUUCUAUAGUCCGGCGAGCUUGGUGUUUCAGGAGGCGGAGAAUAGGUUGUGGGCCGCUGUCGGGGCGCUGGAGGGGUUCGUGGUUAAUAAGGGGGUGAUUCGGUGA